AAGUACAUGCAGGGCGUAAACAACUCAUCCAUGAAGCAACUGUUCGCUCUUGCUGCUGUGUUAGAUUUGUUACACAAGAACAUGAGCUAACUCAACGGCAAACCUCCACGAAGCAAAUUCGCCAGAAAAGAUCCAACAUGAGUCUUGGCUAUCGUUUUCUGCUCUGUCUGGCAGUAGUCUCUGCCUUUCCAAUGUUGGCUCCACACAUGUGGACCAAGCUCAUCCUCACCCACCAUUGGCCCAACACUUUCUGUGGCAUGGAGCACUGUCAUCUGAACAUUAGUUACUGGACACUACACGGGUUCUGGCCCGAUAAAGGGAUUCUUUGCAACUCAUCAUGGCAUUUCAAUUCUUCUGAAAUCGAGGACUUGCUGACAGACAUGGAGAAAAGUUGGCCUGACUUACUAAAACCAACAUCAGCUGGAUUUUGGAAGUAUGAGUGGAGCAAACAUGGCACAUGUGCUGCCAAAGCACCCUCGCUUAAUAGUCAACAUAAGUACUUCAGCAAGGCUCUGGAACUGUAUCAUAAAGCAGACUUGAAUAGUAUCCUGAAGAAAUUUGAUAUUGUUCCAUCUGAAAACUACUACAAAUUUUCCCAAAUUGAAGGAGUCAUAGAGAACUUCUAUGGUGUCAAACCAAAGAUCCAAUGUGUCCACCCAUCAAAGAAUAGUGUUGCUCAGACUUUGGGUCAGAUCGAGAUUUGUUUCAGCCCUGACUUCUCCCUCACGGACUGUGACAAACACCUCCCACUGAAGACCUUUUCUAUUGAAGACCAGGGUUUUUCCAAAGGAUCUGAUUUCAGUGUCUGUGAACAUGACGUGCCAGUUUACUAUCCACCUGUUUGAAACACAAAUGAAAAGACACAACAGUGUUUACAAUUGCACACUUAUUGUACACUCUCUUAGGAGCAAAUACCUCUUUGUUUACUAAUCAACUGUACUGUAAAUAUAGCAAGAAGCAAUGCACACAGGCUGGUCUUUCUAUAUUAUAAUAAUUGUACUUUUUCUGUAGUUUAUGUCCAUAAACAGCUGAACAGCAACAGCUCCUGUUGCUUUUAAUCUACUGUAUUGCCUAUUCAUUUCGAGGCUAUUCACCCUAUGAUGUUCACAAGAUUAACUAAGUAUGUCUAUGCAUGUCCAAUUUUGCAAGAGUGUAAAACAUUGUCACACUAAGUGUCAAAAUAUUUUUGUUAUUCUUUGUUUCCUUUGUUCCCUACACUAAUUGCACGACAGGGUUUUCACAUUCUUUGUUGUUCGUCUUUCAUCGUGUCACUCAUUGCUUGGAUGUUAAACCAUGUGCCUUUUCAGGUUGUCAGUGCUAACAACAUUAACACUGAAGUGUGUGACAAGUAAAUAAGUCACUGUAGCUCCAAGAAUUAAUGAUCAGUUGUAAACGUUCACCAUUUUUAUUCAAGGUGUUUUGUUUUAUAGUUCAAGCUUAUUUAAAGUUCAUAUGGCGAUGUGAAGUGGUUUGUCCUCAAGUCCAGAGAAGCUUCAUGAUACUUCUCAGUUGUCAGUUUGUCAUGUCAUAGCUUAGUAUGUCUUUGGAUACCGUUUUUAGUGUGGUGUAAAUGGACUGAUGAUCUCUGCAAUGCAUUGUUUUUGCUAAAUGUCAAUAAAAUACUUUAGAUUCA